AUGGUCCCUGAAGAGAGCAGGCGGGUGUCCACCGGCUUGGAGAUGGCAGAUGGCGGGGACGUGGCCCCCGGGGCUCCCCAGCCCACCUUCAUCAAGGUGCACAUCCACCAGGACUCGGCUCUGGCCAAGCUGCUGCUGAGCAGGUGCUCCCUGCUGCAGCCCCACGUGCCUUCGCCCCACGCCGCCUCCCAGGCCCUGGGCCACCGCCGGCUGCUGGUGGCCUCCUGGGUGGUGCAAAUCGUGCUAGGGGUGUUGAGUGGGGUCCUGGGGGGAUUCCUCUUCAUCUUCCACUCCACCACGCUGCUUGGAUCGGGAGCUCCCAUCUGGUCAGGGGCUGUGGCUGUGCUGGCUGGAGCUGUCGCCUUCAUUUAUGAGAAACGAAGUGGCACCUACUGGGCCCUGCUGAGGACCCUGCUCACCCUGGCAGCUUUCUCCACGGCCACAGCCGCCAUCAUCAUUGGGGCUAGAAGGUUCCAUGAGUACCACCGUGCCCCCCACCGUGUUUUCUUUAAUGGUAUCUGUGACGUCUCCCCUUCCUGGGGACCCACCGGGGCCCCCAGCUCUCCGAGUGCAGACAAGGGAAGGCUGCAGCUGUGCACCUCCUAUGUGAACAUGCUGAAGGCCCUGUUCAUAGGCAUCAAGGUCAUGCUGUUGGGGGUCUGGGCUCUACUGCUGCUGGCAUCUCUGGUCCCCCUGUGUCUGUGCUGCUGGAGAAAAUACCGAUCUAAGGAGAAAAGAGACCCUCCCUUGGAAGAAACUGCUGGGAGUGAGUGA